AUGUCGAAAUGCAAGAACGUGAGUCUUCCGGAAAACAUGGGAUCCGAGAAGAUGAUCGAAGUAAAAAUCGAUAUGGAAGAAGAAGAACCAUUAGGAGCAACUUCGAACGAUAAAUUGGUCAUCACGAAGAUUCAGAGUGAAACUAUUUCCGAAGGGAAAUUGAGAGUCGAUAAUCAAGUGAAAAAAGUUAAUGCCGUUGAUUGCAAAGAUGCCAACGACUACUUUCGCGCCAUCCAAUAUGCGGCUCCGCUUGCCCGUAUUCUAGUUAAUCGUGACGAGAAGAAAGCAGAAGAGCUGGAGGUGCGUGUCCAUAUUCCAAAAGACAGUGCCAAGAUCAUUCAACCCCGUGAGGGAUAUGUCUAUGAGAUGACGACAUUGGUUUGGGUGCAAAACGGACCGAAGCUCGGAUUGGGAAUCAAGCAUUUCCGGAACCAAGUGCUCGCUUCGCGUAUCGAUCCAGGAUCGUUAGAGAAGUGA